AUGGAUUGUGAAGAAGAAAGUGAUAAGCAGGUUAAAGGUUAUGUACCCUCACCCGAAGAGAAUCCUCUUCCUGUCAUUUCUCAAGAAGAUGAUACAAAGUUAAAGAGAAAACUUCUUGAUGAGUUUGUUGAAGCAGGAGCUGAGAAAAUGAAAGUUUACUUAAGAAUUCGACCAUUCACUGCAGAAGAAGUGAGAAACAAAGAUGAUCAGGGGUGCUUACAAGUAGAAAAUACUCAUACACUAAAAAUGAAGGCCCCAAAGGAUUCUACAACUUUCAAGAACUGUUUUUAUGAGCUUCACCGGGUUCAACAGAGGUUUACUGUUUCACACAUUUUUUGUGAUAGAGCUAACCAGCAAGAAGUAUUUGAUGGCUGUGUUUUUCAACCUGUGAAAAACUUUAUAGAUGGUCAAAAUUGUCUUUUAUUUGCAUAUGGAAUCACCAGCUCUGGGAAGACCUACACAAUGCAAGGAACACCACAGGAACCAGGGGUAAUUCCACGAGCUUUAGACACACUCUUCAACAGCAUCAAAGGCCGACAGAUUCAAGGAAUACCUUUCAAACCUCGUUUUUUUUGUGAAGUUGUUCGUCUCACACCUAAAGAGGAAAAACAGGAAAUUUCUCAUAAAGAAAACAUAUUAAAAUGUUGGUAUAAAUAUGAGGAUUCUGAUAAUAGCAUAGCAACAAAUGAUCCUUUUUGCAACUUUACCCGUUGUAACUCAACACAGUCUCUUUACUCUGAGGACAGUCUGAACAGUACAAGUACAAGUAAAACACUCCAUGAUUCAUUAGAAAAAACUGGUAUUGAUGGUGAAAGAGUCCAUGAGGCUUCAUGUGUAAGUGUAGAGGAACAAGGAAAUAUCCUAUUUUCAGUUUGGAUUUCUUUUGCUGAAAUCUAUAACGAAUACAUAUUUGAUUUAUUAGAACCUCUAACCCAAGGAAGAAAGCGUAGUACACUUCGUUUAGCUGAAGACAAGAAUGGAAAUGUCUACAUAAAAGGACUUCAAGAAAUAUGCGUGUCUUCAGCAGAAGAAGCUUGCAGGUUGCUUAAUAUUGGACAGAAGAACUUGCGAAUUGCAGCUACAAAACUAAACCAGCAGUCUAGCCGCAGUCACUGUAUCUUCUCCAUUCGACUUGUUCGUGUGGUAGAUGUUGCCAAACCACAUAAUGCAAGGAUUAGCAAGUUAUCAUUUUGUGACUUAGCUGGUAGUGAACGUUGUUGCAAAACUCAUAACACAGGAGAACGGUUAAAAGAAGCUGGAAAUAUCAACACUUCUUUGCUAGUUCUUGGUCGAUGUAUAGAAGCUCUCCGUCACAACCAGCUUCACAAAGAAAAGAAGGUAGUUCCAUUCAGGGAAAGUAAGCUAACUCGCUUGUUUCAAGCAUUUUUUACUGGUAAGGGCCAAGCUUCAAUGAUAGUCAACGUUAACCAAUGUGCAUCAAUGUAUGACGAAACUUUGGCAGUAAUGAAGUUUUCAUCUAUAGCUAGACAGAUUGUGACUACUGACUGGCAUGAUCCACAAAAGUCAUCAGUGGUCAGCAAGGUUGUUAGCAGAUUAACAGAAGCUUGGGCUAUGUCCAGUCAUCGCUGGUCCAGUUUUAGUCGUGGGAGGCAAGUGGCUAAGGCUUCAACGUCAAUAAUGGAGGAAGAAAGUCUUGUAGAGGAGGAGGAAGUAGAGGAAGAAGAAACUGCUAAUCCAGAGGAAUCCAAAGUUGAUGAAGUGUAUCAGAAGCUUAUCCAGUUAGUGAAGUUUCUUGAACAAGAAUUGAUUGAUGCCAAACGUCAGAUGGCUCGAAUGGAAAUCGACAUAAGAGCAGAAGUGUGCCAAGAGUAUUCCGAGCUGUUUGUUGAGAUAGAGAACACAUAUAAUGAACACUUAAGACAAGCAGAAGAAAAUGCAGAAGAAUUGAUGGAAAAAAGGUUGGAGAUCAUGCAGAAAGCAUUGUGUAACUCAAGGAAGAGGGCCAGAAUGGAGGAUGAUAUUGAUGCUAGUGAAUCUUUUGAAGUUGACAAGGAUCCUUCUGUGGAAAUAGAAGCUGUUAAAAAACAACUGGAGCAGCUAAAGGAGGAGUUGCAGUGUAUUAGAAAGGAAAAUCAAAAACUAACUGAAGAUAAUACUCGUAUCCAAUUCGAACAAGAGGCAAGAAAACAGAAUUUAAAUUUGGAAAUUGAGAAGGAGGAAAGUAUUAAAAAACAGCUUGAAGAGCUUGAAAUUAAGUUUGAGUGUGUAACAAAAGAAAAUGCAGAACUCUUGAAACUAAAUUCAAGUAUUGUUGGUGAAAACCAUGAUUUGAAAGAAGAAAAGGAAAGAGACAAGUCUCAUCUAUCAAGUGUUACCCAAGAACAAGAGUUAAUGAAGUGUAAGAUGGCAACAUUAGAAAACAGUAUUUCUACUUUGAUCAGUGAGAAGGAAACAUUGUAUGAAAAUUAUUCAAAGCUAAAAGAAGAUUAUGAAAAAAUAGAUUUAGUUGCUUUAGAAUAUAAAAUAGAAGAACUUUCUGCAGAACUUAAAACUGCUUUAAAUGAAAAGGAAACGUGGAAAUGUAAAUUUCAGGAAACUGAGCAACAAUUGGAUGAAGUGUUGAAAGAAAAAAAUCUUAAGUCACUAGGAAGUAUGAACAAUGAAAUGAAAAAUGAAACAAGAUCAUUAUUAAAGGAAGAAAUAUCAGAUCUUGAAAAUCAAAAACAAAUUAUUUCUAAUGAAAAAUGUAAACUUGAAAUUGAACUAAAAGAUUUGCAAAGAAAAAAUGAAGAAAUAACUAAACAAAAUAAUAGUCUUCAAGAAGUUCUAGAGAACUUUAAGAAGGAUAAAAGUAAACUAUUAGCUGAAAGAGAUGCACAGUUUUUUGAAGAAAAUAGUAAAGAUUUGUCAGUAAAAGAAGAAAAGGGGGAUGUAUUAAGUGACCAAAUUAGUUAUAUGGAGAAUCAAAAAGAAUAUCUUACAAAUGGUAAAUUUGAAAUUAAAAUUGCAACCUUGCAGAGAGAAAAUGAAGAUCUUGUAAAAAAAUAUAAUGCCCUCCAGGAAAUUGUAGAAAACCUAAAAAAAGAUAUAAUUCUGCUUUCAGAUGAAAAGAAAGAAUUACAAGUAGAGCUCUUUGAAGAAAAUAAUAAAAUUUCAUUUACACAAAAAGAAAAUGAAACGUUACGGUCCAGUGUGAAAGAAAUGCAGACAACCCAAGAUAAAUUAAUCUCUGAAAAACAAACAUUACUUUCUCAGAUCACUCAUCUUGAAAAGGAAGUUCCAAGAUUAAAUGAAGAAAAUGACACUGUUAAUUACAAGUUAAUUGAAGAAGUUAAAAAUAAAGGUUGUCUGAUCAAAGAAAAAGACAAACUGAAAGCUAAAUUAUUUGAUUUAGAAAACGAAUAUGAAAUUCUCUGCAAAGAGAAUAGAAAAGUUCAUUUGGAAAUGGAAAAAUGCAGCAUAGAACUUCAGAAUAAGUCUGCUGAUGUUGAAAGUCUUUCUUCUCAGAUGAAAAAUUAUCAGUUAGAAAAAAAGCAGCUCCAAGAAGAAAAAGAAAGCGUUCACACAGAAAUGAUAGAAUUAAAAAAAUGGAUUGAUCCGAUUAAGGAAGAAAGAAGCUGCUUAACUAAACAAGUUGAGGAGCUAUCAAGUGAGAAAGUACACUUUAUGGAUAAGAUUACUACAUUACAAUCAGAUAUAACCAGUUUGAAAGAAAAGAUUGAAAUGAUUAACAAUGAAAAUAACAUAUUGAUUUCUGAGAAAGAGGGUCUUAAAAUUGAGAAGAUGAAAAAUAAUGAAUUUGUCUCACAGUUGACCAAAAAUCAAGAAGAUAUUGAGGUCCAAUUGAAAGUAGCAAAACAGCAUCUUCAAAAUGUCAUCUCCCAAGUGGAAGAUUUUAAAAGUGAAAAUAAGAAUCUAAGAUGCCAGCUGGAUAACAUUAGGAUAGUUUAUGAAGGAUUAGCAGUUGAAAUAGGCUUAGAGGAUGACCCACAAAAAACUAUUGCAGAAAAAUCUCAGGAUUUAAAAUCAAACAUUCAGUUUAUUGUGAAGAACAAGAACAAACUAGAAACAAGUUUAAAAGGUGUUGAGAAGAUACUGGAAGAGAAAACGGUUUUGUGUGAACGCCUGUCAGAAAGAAUUCAAGAAUUUGAGAUGACUCAAGAGCAACAGGAGCUGCAUUUAAACUACAUAACAGACCUAGAAGAGAGACUAGAAAAGAAGGAUGAACGUAUCUCAAAAUUGGAGGCCAAACUGGCUUCUAUUUCCACAGAAGAUGCUUACGAAUCAGCUUCUACCACGUCUUCUAGAAGAAAAAAGAAAAUUGAUUUUAUCUCUGACGAUACAGAAAAAUGGAAGGGACAAGUAGCAAAACUUGAAGUACAGUUAUCAGAAGAGAGAGAUCAACAUCAAGUUGAGCUGCAACAACUGUUGGAAUUGAAGAAACAGGUUGAGGAAGAACUGCGUGAAAAUCAAGCUAAUGUUCAGAAAUUACCAAAGCCAAGAAAUAAUGUUAAAGAUACCAAAACUAAUGCUUCAAGUGUUUUACAGCCAAAAGUUGCUGAUAAUGAGAACAAUGUCAGUGAAACAGAAGUAGCAAAGUCAACAAGGAAGAUGAGAAAAACACGACAACGAAAUCAAACUAGAACUAUAUCAACAAGACUGUCAUCAUUUUCUGAGGAUGAUUUUGAAGAACCCAAACAGCUUCCUCCUCAUCGUAGGAAGAGAACCAGGAAACAGAAGCAACAAGAAAUUGAGAGCUACAAUCAAGAAGAACAAACUGUUGAGAAGGAGACAACUGAAGAUGUAAAUGAAAAAUCACCCCUCAAGAAAUUUGGAGAUUACCUAAGAGGAAAGUCACCUGGAUUAGGUGCAGUAGCUGACAAAGUAAUAAAUACAUUCCUGGGACAUAAUGAAGAAGGAAAUCACAGUGAGAAUGAAAUUAAGCAGGUAAAACUAGAAGAAAGUAGUUUGGUAAAAAGAAGAAAGAGACAGUUGUAUAAAGAGAACAACACAGAACCUCUUAAUUGUUCACCUCAGGUUGAAAAUAGUAAUUCCGCAUCUCCACACACAAUUGUAAGAAGAAAGUUGAGAAAACGUAACUGAUGAACCAAGUUUCAAGAUUCUAGCAAAGGAAUCAUUUUUAUUUUUUUAUAUAUGUAAAUUGGUGUUCAAUAACUGUACACUACUUUCUGUGUAUAUGAACUGUCUUGUGUCUGAUCACGUAGUUUCCAUUUUUUCUCUUCACAUGUACAUAUGUGCUUUCAGUUGAUAAUUAAAUACCCAUUUCUAAAAUA